AUGUCCACAACCUCUUCCCACCCUCCCCUCGGUACGCUCAUCGAUGACGACUCGCUAGAACUCGUCGAGAUUCUUGGAGUUGGGGGCUAUGGGGUCGUCUAUCGAGCUGAAGAUGUUUGUUCACCUUCCUCGCCUUCGUAUGCCGUCAAAUGUCUGCCGCAUAACCACUCUACACAACCUCUGCGCCAACGGCAGGCGCACAUGCGCGAAAUCGCUCUCCACCAGAUUGCAGGUGCCCACCCGAACGUUGUCACCCUUCACCGCGUAGUAGAGGACUACAACUACACCUACAUCAUCAUGGACUAUGCCCCGGACCACGACCUUUUCUCCCAGAUCUUACACAGGUCUCGGUACCUUGGCGACGACUACCUCAUCAGGCAUGUUUUCUUACAGAUUCUCGACGCCGUCGAGUAUUGCCAUCAGCUGGGGAUCUAUCACCGCGACCUCAAGCCUGAAAACAUUCUGUGCUUUGACGACGGAUUACGAGUAGCUAUCACUGACUUUGGCUUGGCUACUACCGACAAGCUAAGUGAGGAGUUCCGCACCGGUAGCAUCUAUCACAUGAGUCCGGAAUGUCAAGGGGGAGACUUUGCUAUUGCAGGCCCUUAUUCACCCAUGUUUAAUGACAUCUGGUCAUUGGGGAUCAUUCUCCUCAACCUUGCUACUGGACGUAACCCCUGGAAGUCUGCAUCCGCUUCUGAUCCUACCUUCCAAGCUUAUAUUCGGGACCCUUUUGGCUUCCUACCCACUGUCUUACCCAUAUCUCAGGAGCUCAAUGCUGUGCUUGUUCGUAUGCUCGAAAUAGAGUGGAGACAGCGUAUGACCAUCCCCGAGUUACGGCAGGCGAUCGAAGAAGUAGAUACCUUCUAUUCUGAAGGUGCGAUCUUCGAGGGUAGUAUGGCGCGGUGUCCUUGGGAGGCAGGAAUGGAGAUUGACAGCGACUCGUCCACUAAGCAGUCGGCUCGCAAGUCUCAGCCGUCGAAACAAUCCGAGCUCAAGUCAUGCUGGAGUCAGGACUCUGCUGCCGACUCCGACAUUAUUUUUGCUCAUCACACUCCCGACGACGAUCUAUUUCGUCAUUCUUCGUGGGUCGAUUGUAACCCGCGAGUUGUAUCCUUUGAUGACUCCGAAUAUGAUUUUAAACAUGGCCCUAUGGACGAAGAAUGUUGUGACUUCUUUGCUCCACCGCAGACACCUCGCUCUGACUCGUUGAAUUCCUCAGUCUCCACUUCUUUCCCGAUCACUCCUAGUGGACUUGAUUCUACCUUCGGCGGUAGAGCGAUUCGAAAACCUUUAGUGAUCGAUACGAGCUGCGGCAGGCCGCAUUACUAUGACAGAAGUCCAGAACACAUUUCCGCCACAUCUUCCCUCAUGAAAACUGCUGUCGAGUUUAUCGAGCCAUCGUCGGCCUUAUUCCUCUCAAGCGCCAUGGACCAGACCGUCAUAGUCCCACAGUCGGUGCAUUUGGGAGAUAGUAUCAGCACGGCUGAAGACAGGGAGAUGACCUCUCCCACCAUAUGGACGGCAGCAUCGAAUCUGUCAUCUUCGUCUUCCUACUCUUCCUUGCAGAGUUCGUAUACCACGACCCACAUUUCUUUCGAUCACCGAUCGUCCGUCUCGCCCGAGUCUGCUUCCUUCUCCAAUUACUCGAAUCAUUCAGACCCACAACUAUCCAGUCAGCCACCUUUUCCCUUAUACAUAUCUAGCCCAAUUGACGUUCCCUCAAGACCCCUUUCCCCUACCAAAAAGCUACUGGCUGAGACCCAACGACUCAAAUCCACGCUCUUUACACCUCUCAGAUUUUUUCCCCGCCUCUCGGCUUCCUCACCAGCCACAGCGAUAUCGCCGUCGACUGCCGUUGGGACGUCGAAGACAGUCCCCGCUUGCCAGAGUGAAAUACGCCUCUCUUGGCCUCCACUCUCGACCAGUCCUGGUCCAGGCUUAUUCGUUUCAACGUCGUCAUCGUUGGAGCAAGUGCCAUCAGGGACAGGGACUCGACCGCUCAGCAUUUUCGCCAAUGGCCGACAUCCAACCCCUUCCCCCACCGCUCUUGAGCCCCAUAAAGCCUCAGAAUUUCCCCCUGCCAUUCCACUCGAAACUCAGCGAAUGCGAGAGCACCCUCCAUCAGCUUUCACAACGUGUAGGAGGGCCGCAGAUUACCUACGUUCACCACGAUAUUGGUUUCUACCAACGAAGUUUUUUGCGUCGCAUGUAGCCUCAUGA